AUCUUAUCACUAACCUAGCUGGUAGCUGCACGUCGUGUACUUACGACCGUACCUAGGUACCUAGCUUAGGCCUUGUAGCGCGCUUGAAGCUUCCAACUUUCCCUUUCAUCAUUCUUCAUUGUCGCCAAUUUUCCAACGUUUUGCGCCCUGCCGACGUCACCUCUUUUUAAAGACGCGUCUGAAAUGAGGAAAAAGGGUCGAAGAUGCAGUGUUAUACGGAGCUGACGCCGCCUACGGCUGUCACACAUUCUUUAUGCCUUCCAUUCAUCACGGCGCAGAGUAAUAAUCUUGUUGUCGCAAGAGCUUCUCUACUUCAGAUCUUCGCGACCAAGUCGGUAUCUGCUGAACUUGAUAAAGCCCAAAACGGCCAAUUGCAAUCCUCGAGACCAACGGACCAUUACGAUGCCCGAAUUAAUGACGAUGAUGGCCUUGAAGCCUCCUUCCUCGGCGGUGACUCCGUUCUGCUCAGGUCUGACCGUUCGAAUUAUACGAAAUUGGUGCUCGUUGCCGAAUUCCCUCUGGCUGGGACCAUCAUAGGCCUUGCGCGCAUCAAGACGGAAACGAGUGCGUCGGGUGGAGAAGCACUGUUGUUGGCAUUCAAGGAUGCGAAGCUUAGUAUGGUCGAGUGGGAUCCAGAGAAGAAUUCGAUAAACACCACCUCAAUACAUUACUAUGAACAAGAAGACCUCCAAGGCAGCCCGUGGGCCGCACCUCUGAGCCACUAUGUCAAUUUUCUAGCAGCGGACCCGAGUAGUCGAUGUGCUGCUCUGAAGUUCGGGGCGCGGAGCCUUGCUAUCAUCCAAUUCAAGAUUCAGGAAGAAGGUAUAGAUAUGGAGGACUGGGAUGAAGACUUGGAUGGACCGCGGCCGGUGAAAGAGCCUUCCACUACGCUACUAAAUGGAACUAGCAGCAAUGAAGAGACACCGUAUUCAACCUCAUUUGUCCUUCGACUGCCAAAUCUUGAUCCUAGCCUAAUCCACCCUGUGCACCUUGCCUUUCUUCACGAAUAUAGAGAACCAACGUUUGGUAUAUUGUCUUCAACUGUGUCCCCAUCAUCGGUUCUAGGCCGAAAAGACCAGUUGUCGUACAUGGUAUUCACCUUGGAUAUCCAGCAAAAGGCUUCCACCACUAUUCUAUCAGUGACAGGCCUCCCACAAGAUUUAUUCCGGGUCAUCGCGCUUCCUGUUCCAGUUGGUGGCGCUCUCUUAGUAGGUACCAAUGAACUCAUACAUAUCGACCAGUCUGGAAAGUCACAUGGUGUGGGUGUCAACCCGUUUGCAAAGCACACUACUUCUUUUAGUUUGGUUGAUCAAACCGAGCUCGGCUUAAAGCUCGAAGGAUGUGAAAUCGAGGUCUUAUCCGCAGAAAACGGAGAGUUCUUGAUGAUCCUCAACGAUGGCCGAAUGGUGAUCAUUACGUUUAGAGUCGACGGUAGGAUAGUGUCGGGACUAAGCCUUCGAUUAAUCGCACCGGAGAAUGGCGGUACUAUCAUACCAACCGGUGUUACGACUUUGAGCAAACUGAACAAGACCUCUCUAUUUGCGGGUAGCGAUGGCGCCGACUCGUUGGUUAUCGGUUGGACACGUAAGCAGGCGCAGACUGGAAAGAGGAAAUCUCGUAUACAAGAUCCCUCUAUAGACCUCGACUUGGAUGACGAAGAUAUGGAGGACUUAGAAGACGACGAUGAUUUAUAUGGUGAAGAUACCGCGUCGGCUGCCCAACCCUCAUAUUCUACUAACACCCCAGGCGGCAAGUCCGGGGAACUCGUCUUCCGUAUACACGAUCGCCUUAUCAGCAUCGCGCCUAUUAACGAUUUCACACUUGGACAGGCAAUGCCGUCUGAUGGGGAAGAGCAGAAGAACCAAGUUGGUGUGACUAGCGAUCUCAGCUUUGUUUGCGCCUGCGGCCGAGGCAGUGCCGGCUCACUUGCUAUAAUCAAUCGAGAAAUACAACCGAAAGUUAUUGGACGUUUCGAGUUCCCAGAAGCAAGAGGAUUUUGGACCAUGGCUGCACAGAAGCCAAUACCAAAGUCGUUGCAAGGUGAUAAGGGAAUUACGUCGAUUGGCGCAGAAUAUGAGACCUCUGCCCAAUACGACCGUUUCAUGAUUGUUCCUAAGGUAGAUUUGGAUGGAUAUGAGACCUCAGACGUGUAUGCUUUAACAGGUGCUGGAUUUGAGGCGUUGACUGGAACGGAGUUUGAACCAGCAGCUGGCUUUACCAUCGAAGCCGGUACCAUGGGCAAUCAUAGGAGGAUUAUUCAAGUUCUUAAGACUGCCGUCCACUGCUAUGACGGAGGCUUUGGACUUACCCAGAUUCUGCCAAUGCUCGAUGAAGAGACAGGUGCGGAACCGAGGGUUGAUUUUGCCAGCAUAGCCGAUCCUUUCCUACUACUGGUUCGAGACGAUGCGAGCGCAUUUAUUGCAAAGAUAGAUAAGAACUUGGAACUCGAAGAGCUUGAAAAGGAAGAUACGGCGCUCACUUCGACUAAAUGGGCAACUGGUUGUUUAUACGAAGACAAAUCCGGCGUAUUCUCCGAAGGUCAGACCGAUAAAGGCGCGAAAUCUGGCGAAAAUAUUAUAAUGUUCCUGCUUAGCAAGGCUGGCGCUCUGCAUGCUUAUGCAUUGCCUGAUCUCUCCAAGCCCGUAUAUGUUGCAGAAGGCUUACCCUUUGUACCGCCUCUUCUAUCAGCAAAUUAUGCUGCUAGACGAGGAACUGCCAAGGAAAUUAUCAAGGAGAUAUUGGUGGCUGACCUUGGAGACAUGACUUCCUCGAGCCCGUACUUGAUUGUUCGUCAUGAUAACGACGACGUGACGAUAUAUCAACCCUUCCGUACACCUUCGACUACUACGCAGGAGCUUUCUGCGACACUUCACUUUCAAAAAUUACCCAACCCAGUCAUAGCAGAAGAUCCGGUUGUGCCGGUAGACGAUGAAGAUGAUGAAAUGCGAAAACCACCGCCGAUGAGACGAUGUGAAAACAUUGCCGGAUAUAAAACUAUUUUCCUCCCUGGUAGCUCUCCGAGUUUUAUUCUCAAAUCAUCAAAGACCUUACCCAAGGUUCUGAGACUACAUGGCGAUGGUGUUCGAGGAAUGAGUCCGUUUCAUACCGAGGGCUGUGAGCGUGGCUUCAUCUACGCAGACUCGAAGGGUAUCGCACGUGUUUGUCAGAUCCCAACUCACAACAACACUUACGCCGAGAUAGGCAUGUCUCUCAAGAAAAUACCUUUAGAAGCUGAUGUACACUCCAUCUCCUACCACCCUCCAUCAGGCACCUUCGUUGUUGGUUGCGAUAGUUUAGAACCGUUUGAACUGCCGAAAGAGGAUGACUACCAUAAAGAAUGGCAGCAUGAGAAAGACCUCACAUUUAAACCUGUGGUAGAGCGAGGUCAGGUCAAGCUAAUAAACCCUAGCAGCUGGACCGUCAUUGAUACUAUCGAGAUGGACCCAUGUGAGAUGAUAAUGUGUAUUGAAACACUCAAUCUCGAAGUCUCCGAGGCGACUAAUGAGCGAAAACAUCUUAUUGCCAUCGGAACGGCCGUGUCCCGCGGAGAAGAUCUCCCCAUAAGAGGCAGAGUUCUUGUUUAUGAUGUGGUCACGGUUAUUCCAGAGCCAGGAAAGCCCGAAACCAACAAGAAGCUAAAAUUUGUAGCCAACGAGGACAUCCCUAGGGGUGCUGUCACAGCUAUCUCUGAAAUAGGAACGCAAGGCUUGAUGCUUGUUGCGCAAGGGCAGAAGUGCAUGGUGCGUGGUCUGAAGGAGGACGGCACACUUCUACCCGUUGCGUUCAUGGAUAUGAGCUGCUACGUAACCGCAGUUCGCGAGCUCAAAGGAACUGGUCUCUGCCUUAUGGCUGAUGCUGUCAAGGGGGUCUGGUUUACGGGAUAUACGGAGGAGCCUUAUAAAAUGGUUCUCUUUGGUAAAAGCUCCACUAAGCUGGAAGUCUUGACGGUAGACUUCCUACCCGAUGGGGAUGAGCUUCUGAUAGUGGCCUGCGAUUCAGAUGGUGGUAUUCACAUCCUCCAGUUUGAUCCCGAUCAUCCAAAGUCUCUACAAGGCCACCUCCUCCUUCACCGAACCACGUUCUCCGCCGGCGCAAAUCCUCCUACGCGCAGCAUGCUCCUCCCCCGUACCCUCCCGCCCGACUCGGACUACCUCUCCCAACACGUCAACAGUACCUCGGCCAACAAUUACAACAACGACCCUUCUUCCUCCUCCCCAGCACCACCCCCCUCCAUCCUCCUCCUCGCCUCCCCCACCGGCGCCCUAGCAACCCUCGCGCCCCUCUCCGAGCCCCAGUACCGUCGCCUAUCCUUCCUAACGGGACAAGUCCUCUCCUCCCUGCCGCACUACGCCGGCCUCAACCCCAAGGACUACCGCGCCCCCGCCUCCACGGGCGUGGUCGGCCGACUGCCCCCCGGCGUCGACGCGGGCAUGGGCCGCAACGUCGUCGACGGCGCCCUGCUCGCCCGCUGGAACGAGCUCCCCGCCGGCCGCCGCUCCGAGAUCGCGGGACGCGUCGGGUUCGCCGGCGUCGACGAGGUGAGGGAUGUCUUGAGGGAGGUUUUGGGCGCAAACGGAUUGGGAUAUCUUUGAGAGGUAAUCUUACUUACCUACGUAGGUACCUCUUAGGGUACUCAAGUAGGUAUAACUAGGGAACCUAGGUUAGGUACUUAUUGGUCGUGUGAUACUACCUACUUUAGGUACAUACCUAUAUCCUAUUUAACCUUAGUUAGGUACCUUAGGUUAGAUACCUAGACAACCUUUGCGGAAGUUCGAGGCGGUGUGGCGGUUCUAUCUUACGAUAAUGUAUGGCUAUUAAUUAAGUUGGCUUAGAAUCGAUCCGCUUUGCAUUUUUCGAUAUGAGUAGGGCAGAGGACGAUGAAUUUUAACCCCUGAUGCGGAAUUAAAGUAUGUGCUUGUU